AAAUAUAAAUUAAAUAAAGAAAAAUAAAUCAUAAAUAAAAAAUAUAUUUAGACCUUAAUUAGAGUUUUGACAAUUUCAUAUGGAUCAGGAUCCUUGAUUGCUACAAUCAAAGAAGAUUUCCCUUGUUUAUCUUUCAACUAAUAUAAGUUAAAAAACUACUACACGUGUAACUCCAUGUUUUAGGGUCGGGUAAAUUUAUCAAUCGCCAAGCUCGACGCCUCUGCCUUAGCCUUGCCUUUCCGACGCCCGAUCUCUCAACUCCGCCUUUCUCCUCCUUCACUUCGCCUCUCUCAAUUUCGACCCUUGACCUCCUCCAAUUCUUCUGGUAUUCUGUCUUUUCUCUCUCUCGAUUUCAAUCUUUUUAUCUAAUAUAAGUUAAAAAAACACAACCAUGGAGACGGAGAUGGAGAGCCAUAAGAGGAGGAGGACGGUGGAGGGAGAAAUAGAAGAAGAGAGGUUUUUAUUUCUGGGUUCAGAGUUCAAUCUAUUUUGUAUCGAUUUGAAGAAAACGGAGGAGAAAUACGGUGGGAAGUGCUCAGAAUUAUCGUAUGACCCACCACUGGUGGAGGUGGCGUGGAGUACUAACAUUCACGCCACCUCCAAUGUCCUGCCUUUAGGUAUGGCUUCAACCAGAUUUAAUUUCAAGACUGCCUCUUCUCCUUCUUCUAGGGUUUUGCUUCCAUGUUCAACGACUUCUGAUUCAAAUUUACUUCUAAUUGGUGGGGAAUUACAGGAUCCUUCGGCACCAUAUUGUUCUACGCAUGCCUCGAGAGAGGUGUAUAAGCUAAUUCCAGAAGUUAGUGGUCCUAAUGGUGAUAUUAAGGAUAUCAGAAUUGAAUUAGCUGAUGCUACUAUUCCGAGGAUGAAAUCCGGUAAAGCGUGUCCUAUUGUUGAAGAGAUUGGAGGUAAUCUAUACGUCCUUCACUCUCGCUUUGUACACAGAGGUUUUUAUGCACAAUCUGAAAUUCCUUUUGAGGUUUUUGAUUCAAAAAUCGGUGAAUGGAGAACCCUUCCAGUUCCUCCUUUCUUCGCUGCUGGUUUGGGUAUUGUCAUUUAUGCACAUGCUGUAUUUGGUCAUUGUUUUGCAAUUGAAACAUCUAAAGAAUGUUUUUGUUUUGAUACAAUCAAAGAAGAAUGGUAUUGUUCAGACAACAUGACCUCUCAUUUAAUCAAUAUUCUCCCUAUGACUAUACCCUUGGGUCUGCCCUGCUUCGGACUCGACGAGCAUGGUAGACAACUGUAUGUUGGCAUUAGUCUUCUAAUUGAGCCCUGUGCGUACCUAGCCACCCCCGAUGGAACCAUUUAUGCAAGGCAAUCUUUGUAUCAUGUUAUUUUUAAAGACAUUCUUCCUUAUCCUUAUCCACCCAUGCUUAGGAAUGUGCUUAUUCCUUUGAAGUCGGUACAAGAAAAUGUCAUUAGAAUGUGUGCUUGUUCCAUUGUCUCACACAAUGCUUGUUCCAGUGUCUCACACAAUGACUUUCCAGUUUGUUAUGUACUACUUGUAUCGUUUUUCUCUGCUAAGAUAUCCCCGUCUUCUCAACAACUUAUCUAUAAGAUGAUUUCUGGAGAAUUGACUGAUAUCCAUGAUCAUCCUGCAUACUCCACCUUCUUGGAUGUCUUUGUGGAAAGAAAGUUUUUCCUUAGAGUUCCCCACCUUGGCCACUUUUUCAAUGGGCCUGCUUUGCUACUUUGAGAUUCUUGCAGCUUGGGUUUAGGAUGGUUGUUUUAUUUUGCACCUUGGCGUGGCUGGCUGAUUGUUCUGCUUGAAGUUCCUACUCUUUUCCUCUGCAGCGUUUUCUGGUUACUAAUUAUUACGGACUGUAAUGGAGACUGGAGAGUACUCCCCUCUUUAUAUUAUCAUCUUUUCUAAUCUAUCGACUUCCAGUAACUCUUUUGUAAUAGCUUUUAACUAGCUAACUUAUCCUGAUCUAGCUUUUGUGCACUGAUGCAGUUCUGAAAUUCUAACUUAUUCUAUUAGUAUGAUGUUUUGAAGGAUUAGGUACUUUUUUGGCAUUUUAAAAGUGAAUUCAUGUUUCUAAAGCUGGUUGCUGAAUGCUGAAUUUAGUUUCUUAAUC